AGAACCCAUGUAACUAUUUUCAGGUUAUAAAUAACCAGAAAGGAUUUCACCAAAUAUAGAAAAAAUAUCAUUAUUCACUCCUUUCACUAAAUAUGGGCAUCGUUAUAGGAAGGUUCAGGAAAAAGAAAAGCACAUAUGAGAUCUUGGAGAAACUGGAGAAUGAGAUAACUUCUAUAGAAGAAUUUGGAAGGAGUACUGAACAGUAUAGAAAGAAAGUUAUCUCAAGGUUCAUAAUUCUCUCUGUUUCUUCAUUUCUGGUCUUGACUCUUGGAUUAUAUUUUUUCUAUCAUAAGAUUUCAACAGACCAACAAUUUCUUUAUUUUGUACCAUCAGCUGCAUUUCCUUUAGUUGUAUGGGUGAUUAAAAAAUUCCUGACAUGGUACUAUAGUAGAAAAAUUCUCAAAAAUGAGAAAAAAAUAAUAAAGCUCAAGGAAGAAAAGAGAAAAAUACUGGAAAAUGUCAUGGAAACGGAGACAUACAAGGUGGCAAAAAAAAUUUUGGAUAAAUUUGGGAAUGAGCCUGUCAAAAAAUCACAGUUUAACCUCAUAGAAGCAACACCAAAAUCAACACCUUUGGCAAGCAAAGGAAAGAGUAUUGUGCCCCUGUCACUUAGGCCAAAUCAGACUGGUCUAAGACAGCGCAUAGCCAUUCCCCAAACGGUCCCGAGCAGGCUCUCCUACGGCUCCGCUGCCUCCAAUUCCCCCCUGCCGCUGUCGACUGCCCGUCUCGCCCCCACCAGGUCGGCGGGGGCCCUAACGAUGACACCCAUGGUGGCAAUGACGCCCAACGUGGGCGCGAUGGUGUCAGCAGGCGCUCCUGUUCCUGGCACUCCUCUGCAGAUGCCGAGAAGCAUUCCGCCCAGGGAUCGCAGCGUCCUGGACAAGAUGGUGGACUAUCUGGUCGGAGACGGUCCGUCCAACCGAUAUGCCUUGAUUUGUCGUCAGUGCAGCUCGCAUAAUGGUAUGGCUCUUCAGGAAGAGUUCGAAUACCUAUCUUUCCGAUGCUGCUACUGCCAAUCGCUCAAUCCGGCUCGCAAGCAACGCCCCACGGGCCCCAAAUUCGAGCCGCAGACUCCUUUAAAAGCCCUAAAUCCAUCUGAGGACUCCUCAGAUUCCGAUACCGACUCGGAACAACAAGACACGAUCGAGAAGGGACCUAGAAGGGACAGUUCCGAUACGGCCAGAUGCUCGGAUUUCGACAAACUGUCCGAUAUCGAGACGAAAGAAUCAGAAGUGGGAUCGGAAUCAGAAGUGGGAUUGAAAUCAGAAGUGGGAUUGAAAUCAGAAGUGGGAUCUAGAUCUGCAAUGGAAGACUCUGAUGGGAAUAAAGAUCGAAAAAAUGUGGUCAGAGAGUCGGGGGAUGCUUCUGGUAGUGCUCAAGAUUCGGCUCAAAUAGACAGUCCCAUGGAUGUGGAUACUGAGAAUUCGGCUGGGACUAUCGAAGAUGUGAUAGAGCACUAGGAGUAAUAAUAAAUAAGACUGAUGACUUGAUCUACAAGGUGGCUGCAAAUAUCUCAUAAACGAACACAUACAUUUGUUGAAUUGUUUUUGGUCUUUGUAGAUUUGCAAGUUGAAAUUUUGGAUAGUUAGAAGUGACUAUCCUGUAAUAAUCUUGAGAAAAUGUAAACGAUUUAUUUGCUUCCAAGGUUCUAACAGUCUGAAAUGUUCUAGUCCUGGUGCAGAAUUUCGAUUUUUUAUGAAUAAUUCCACCUUAUUUAUAUAAUAUUGACAUCUAAUAUACAGCAUAUUUUUUGAAAAAUGGUAAGCUUCACUCCUUCCUCACUGGACAUUUCCAUAAGUAUCGGCCCAUUCUCAGGGUUUUAUGUGUGUUGUGCGCGUCUCUAAUUUAUUUUUCUACUCCUUAGCGUCGACAGUUUGAAAUGGCAACACUGUGAAAUCUCAAUCAUCAAAUUGGUGAUACAAUUCAUCAAGAAAUCUUUCAUGAUAUAGUGACAAAUAGGAUAUUUUAUAUUCUUGAUUCAAGGAACUUCCAGAUCGGAGCCAACCACUAACUUGUUGAUAACGAAGAGAUUUUUGUUAUUGGUUUUACAUUGUUGCCAUGUGGUUGUCACAGUGUGAAUUCAUUAAUUACCUACUUCAAAGUAUACUACUCAUGUAACAUUGCCUGUUGAUAUUUCAAAAAACACCCAGUGUAAAAUUGAAUUGUAAAUAAAAUUGUAAAUAACUUUCGUUGAUUUUGAGAUGUUGUGAACGAACUUUUGCUAACGCAUUUUAUUAGGGUUUUUCGAUAGGUGCCUUUUCCGCAUUUUUAUACUUUAUCAAUAAAGCUUACUUUGUCCAU